UUGCUGUUUGCUAACCGCCAGUAAACCCUAUAAAGAAGAAGAAGAAUUUGUUUCCAGCAGCUUCAUUUCCUCCCUUUUGCCCCAAAAGUCUGUUUUUAACCACAAGAACCGCUUUAAUGUCCGCUAAGCGAAGACACGAUGACAACGAUGCGGACGGAGCUGCUUCUUCCGACAUGAAACAGAAGAAGAGACAAGUAGCUGCUUCUUCCAACAAGAACCAGAAGAGACAUGUAGCUGCUCUCAUUUUGGCACGGGGGGGAAGCAAAGGCAUUCCGCUUAAAAACAUCAAGCCCUUAGCCGGUGUCCCCCUCAUGGGAUGGGUGCUGAGGGCUGCUGUGGACUCCGAAGUGUUUGAUAGUGUGUGGGUAUCAACUGACCAUGCCGAGAUUAAGAAAGUUGCUGAGGCAUGGGGUGCUCAGGUGCACCAGAGGAGUCCUGAAGUCUCCAGAGACUCUACUUCAUCAUUAGAAACUAUCCAAGAGUUCCUCGAAUACCAUAAUGAGGUGGAUAUAGUUUGCAACAUCCAGGCUACAUCCCCGUGCCUCCACCCGUUCGAUGUGAAGGAGGCCUUAAAAAAGAUCACAGAGGACGGCUAUGACUCCGUCUUUUCAGUGGUCAGGAGACACCAGUUUCGGUGGAAGGAGGUAGAUGAAUUAUCUGAUGAAAAAACUGAGGCUAUAAAUCUGGACCCAGCCAACCGGCCGCGGCGUCAGGACUGGCCCGGAGAGCUGUGUGAGAAUGGCUCGUUUUACUUCACCACAAAAGAUCUCAUUAAGACGGGACAGUUGCAGGGCGGUAAGUCGAUCUACUAUGAGAUGCUGCCGGAGUUCAGUGUGGACAUAGAUGGAGACAUCGACUGGCCUGUUGCAGAACAGAGGGUUCUCAGGUACGGGUACCCCGGUAAGGUAGUCCGCCUGCUGUUCUGCAAUGUUUCUGCAUGUUUAGCAGAAGGAAUCAACGCUCUGUCUAGUAAUACCAGAAACACAUCUGCUAUUCACAUGCUGCAGGAAAAACAAGUGGAGGUCAUUCUGUUGACCUCCAGUGAUGACGCUGUGGCCCAGUCUUUGGCUGCCAAACUUCAAAAAAGGACAGGGUGCCAGGUCAUGGAGGUGGGAAAGAAGCCGCUGAACGAUUUGCAAGAGGUCAUGAAGAACAAGAGUCUGGACUGGAAACAUGUGGCAUUCAUGGGUUUUGAUCAAGCAGAUGAGAAAUUGCUGAAGCUGGCAGGUUUGAGUGCUGUACCCGGGGAUGCUCCAGAGUUGGCCUCAAAGGCUGCAAAGUACAUCUGCCCCCUUUCUAGGGGAUCAGGAGCUGUGUGGGAUUUUGCUGAGCUCAUUCUCCUGCAGAAACCAAUGGCAAAACCUCAGUAGGACCACAGCAUUUGUAAGAAGUUCUAAUGGCAGAUUAAUUUUGAUAAAUGGAAGAAAUCAAAAUAAUUAAAAUUAGUCAUAUGUUAGAAAUGUCAAGAGACGGGUUUGUAGUAAUGGUAAAAAAGCAGAUCCUCAUUCAAUUCUAAGGGUUUUUUUUUUUAUUUUUUUUUUAUAUCAGGACAAAUUAAAAUAAUCAUCUGGUCCUCACCAGUUGUUAAAAAUGGGGAAAGGCAACUUUGGAUGUGUAAAAACACACGGCCUACUACACUUUGUCCCAAUUUAACAGAAGCUAAGCCAAAAUGCAGGAGGUUAGCAGCACCUGCUAGUCAAAUUCAUUUGAUUAAUUUAUCAUCAGCAUGUGUGUGGACCUCUAUAAAAGCAGAGGUUUGACCAUUUUUAAGGUCCAGAGCUCUCACCUGUGAGUUAACACAAUGCCACACGCUUCCCAGAAGUUGACGUCUCAUGAUCCCAAGGUCGGACUGUGCGAUGUUCAAAGAGUGCAAAAAAACAAACAAACAAAAAACAGAAAAAGACUUGACGAGUAUGGCUUGUUUGGAAGGGUUGCUAGCAGAAAGUCUCUUCUGCUUCUAAAAACAAUGUGACAGCAUGACUUAGGUUGAUUAAAGUGUAUCUGAACAAGACUUCUGACCCGGCCAAGGUGGAGAUGUUUAGCUAUCAUGCACAGCACCAUGUUUGGAGAAAACGAGCACAGCAUCAGCAGAAACACCAAUCAGCUGUCAGACACGGUGGUGUGGUCACUGAGUCGACCAUGACCACCUCUGUGUACCAAACUAUUCAAAUGUGAGGCCAUCUGUCUGUCUUUACUGAAACUGGGUCUUGUGUUGCAGAGAG